UUGCCCCUGUGCUUGAAUGUUGGCUGUAGACCAAGAGCAGUGCUUCCUUCAUUGCAUGGGUGGCACUGGUAGAGCACCCAUCUGAUGGCCCCUGCUGUAGGCUUGCAGAGGAGGCAUUGAGGUACCUUUUCCAUUGGUGCUUUGCGUUGCGCAAGCUGUUGCAACACGUGGGCACGCACAGUGCCAGUGGGGUUAGAAAUCUGUGUGGGAGGAGGUGGCCGAGGGCUGUGCUCACUUCCCCACUCUUGAGCUGGGCUGAGAGUGGCCCUGGGGUUCCAGGCUAAUAAUUUAAAACCAAUAACAUCUGCUUUGGAACAAACACAUUAAAGCAGCUGGGUGUGAUGAUUCCUGGGUUGCCCAAGUGAUGGCUGUGAUUUUUUCCUCAGUGGCCUUUCCUUUCUUUGUUGACUUUCGUCAGCCAGAGCUGCUGCUGAACAACACCAUCAACCUGUACCUCACAACCGAGCCGGGUGUGAUGGUUGGCAUCUGGCACACGGUGCCAGACAGCAGAGGUGCUGAGGCACGGGGCAAGGACCAGGAGUGGUACGAGGAAGCACUUGGCAAUGAUCACCCCGUGAUCAUCUACCUGCAUGGCAAUGGGGGGACCAGGUGAGUACCUGUGAGCGCCCCUGCCUCUGCCAGGAGAGGAGGCUGCUCCCACACAGCAUCUCUGCUGGGGUGAGAACUAGCAAACUCCGUGCAGC